UUUUCUGUUUUUGUUUUCCAACUUAUAAUUUAACCUAACCUAAUCUUUUUAAGGGAUGAGGAAAUGAAAAAUUUUAAUAUGGUUUCUCUAUAAAGGAAAGAGACUUGGUUAGAAACAUUGUCUUGUUACAAACAACUUCCAGUUUAAAAAUAAGUUUUGUGAAUAUUUUUUGUAUUCAUUCUUAUUCAAAAUGCCAAAAGAACAAUAUCGAGAAACAGAUAUUGCGAGGAAAAUUUCCUUUGUUACUUUUGUGUUGGAAAGUGCUGAGAGUAUGCAACAACAGUCGCACCUUCACGUUGUAGCUAAAAAUUUAUAUAAUCAAGACAAUCAAAGAACUCCUAUACCUUAUGGAGUACUUGACAUGAGAUUGGGAACAAAUUCCAAAGAAAAACCUUGUCAGACAUGUGGAAUGAAGAUAACUGAAUGUGCUGGACACUUCGGUUAUAUUGAUUUGGAAUUACCAGUUUUUCAUGUGGGAUAUUUUCGAAGUAUAAUCAGUAUUCUGCAAAGUAUUUGCAAGAGAUGUGCCCAUGUACUUCUUGAUGAAUCUGAUAAAUAUCAAUAUCGAAGUCGCCUUGCAAACUCCCAUCUGAGUUAUAUGACAAAAAAAGCUAUUAGAAAAAAACUUAUCGAAAAAUGUAGAAAAAUCACGAAAUGUCCAUAUUGCAAAGAAUUAAACGGUUUCGUAAAGAAAAUGACUGCAGCAAAAGGAAGUGCUGGAAAUUCUGUUUUGAAAAUUGUCCAUGAGAAAAAUAGAGGAAAAGAUAAACAACUGCUUUUGGAGAGUCAGGUUAAUGAAUACUCUUUGGCAAUUGAGAGCAAUCCAGAUAUUCGGACUGUUUUUACUGGAGCUCCUAUUCCAGAAAUUUUAACUCCAAUAGAUGUGUUGAAGUUAUUUGAAAGAAUUCCUGAAAACGAUAUUGCACUUUUGGCCAUGGAUACAAAACGGUCACGGCCAAAAGACUUAAUUUUAACAAGGAUGCUUGUACCUCCUGUGUCAAUAAGACCUUCAGUAGUAUCUGAGUUGAAAGCAGGAACAAAUGAAGAUGAUUUAACAAUGAAGCAAUCCGAAAUUAUUGUCAUGAAUGAUUAUAUCAAGAAGUACAAACAAUCUGGAACUAAUGUACAUAACUAUCAAGAAAUGUGGGAUUUUCUUCAGUUACAUUCUGCCUUGUAUAUAAAUAGUGAAUUGUCAGGUGUUCCUAUUGCUAUGAUGCCCAGUAAGUCCGGCAGAGGUUUAGUUCAAAGGCUCAAGGGAAAACAGGGAAGAUUUAGAGGGAACUUGUCUGGCAAACGUGUCGAUUUUUCCUCAAGAACUGUCAUAUCUCCUGAUCCAAAUUUGGAAAUUGACCAAGUGGGAGUUCCUCAACAAAUUGCAAAAAUUUUAACUUUUUCAGAAAGAGUUUUCCAAGGCAAUAUAGAUGUUUUACGAAAACUUAUUAUAAAUGGACCUGACAAAUGGCCUGGAGCUAACUAUGUACAACAAAAAAAUGGUCAGUUCAAAAAAUUUCUAAGAUAUGGCAACAGAGAAAAAUUGGCACAAGAACUGAGGCUGGGCGAUACGGUAGAAAGGCAUUUGCAUGAUGGCGAUAUAGUACUUUUUAACAGACAACCCAGUUUACAUAAAUUGUCUAUUAUGGCACAUAAAGCUAAAAUUCAUAAACACAAGACUUUUAGGUUCAACGAAUGCGUUUGUAAUCCCUACAAUGCUGAUUUUGAUGGGGACGAGAUGAAUUUGCAUUUGCCACAAACAGAAGAAGCCAAAGCAGAAGCCUUAAUUCUGAUGGGUAAUAAAAGUAAUUUGGUAACCCCUAGAAAUGGGGAACUCCUGAUAGCUGCUACUCAGGAUUUUCUAACUGGUGCAUAUUUGAUAACCAAAAAAGAUACAUUUUUUGAUUUAGCAGGUGCUUCGGCACUAGCUGCCACACUUCUUGCUGGCAAAGACACACAUAUGCAUAUAGACCUACCGAAACCAUGCAUAAUUAAGCCUGUUCAGCUCUGGUCAGGUAAACAAAUAUUCAGCCUGAUAUUCAGACCAAACAAAAAAAAUCCUGUUAAAGCAAGUUUAGAGGCUAAAGGAAAAGCAUAUACAAAAAACAAGGAGUUGUGUAUUAAGGACUCUUAUGUUCUCAUUCGUAAUUCAGAGUUACUCGCUGGCACCCUUGAUAAGGGCCACCUUGGUAGUGGUGGUAAAGGAGGAAACAUAUUUUAUAUUAUAUUGAGAGAUUUUGGCGAGGAGUAUGCCAUUAGAUCCAUGUGGCGAUUGGCAAGAAUGGCUUCAAGCUAUUUGAUGAAUACAGGUUUUUCUAUUGGAAUUGGUGAUGUAACGCCUGGAAGGAAUCUACUAGAUGAAAAAUCUAAAUUACUGCAUCAAGGGUAUUCAAAAUGUCAAGAGUACAUUAAACAAAUGGCAGAGGGAAAAUUGCAAACCCAACCAGGAUGCACAAUAGAAGAAUCUUUAGAAGCUUUGAUUCUAAAAGAACUCUCUAUUAUAAGGGAACAUGCAGGACAAGCUUGUGUUGCUGACCUAGAUCCUACAAAUAGUCCUCUUAUUAUGGCUCUUUGUGGUUCUAAAGGUUCUUUCAUCAAUAUCUCUCAGAUGGUAGCUUGUGUAGGUCAACAAGCUCUCAAUGGGAAACGGGUUCCUGAUGGAUUCAAUCAUCGAUCUCUGCCACAUUUUAAACAUCACUCAAAAGCUCCAGAGGCUAAAGGGUUUGUUGAGAACAGUUUUUAUUCAGGGUUAACUCCAACCGAAUUUUUUUUCCAUACAAUGGGCGGCAGGGAAGGUUUAGUUGAUACGGCAGUUAAAACGGCAGAGACUGGUUACAUGCAAAGAAGAUUAGUGAAGUCCCUGGAAGAUUUGGUGGUACACUAUGAUGGAUCUGUAAGAAAUGCAGAAGGAGAUGUUGUACAAUUAACCUAUGGCUGUGAUGGUUUAGAUCCUACUUAUAUGGAAGGUAAGGACUGUCCAGUGGAUUUCGAAAGAGUUUUGGAAUAUGUUAGGGCUAGGUAUCCAUACCGAGAAGAAGUCGCUCUUGAUGGAGACCAAAUUCGAAGGGCAACUCAAGCAUUUUUGGCCACAGAAGCGUUAAAUGAAUGCAGCGAGCAUUUUAGGAAUGAAUUAGUUCAGUACAUGAACACAGUAGCUAACAAAGUAGACUCAGUACGAAAAAGACUUGGCUGUAGCCCAUUUGCGAAAGAAAUAGAACGUCUAACUUGCAGUCAACUUGUCACCUUUUUUGAAACUUGUGGUCAAAAGUAUACCAGAUCCAUAAUUGAACCUGGAACAGCCGUAGGAGCCCUCGCUGCACAGAGUAUUGGAGAACCAGGUACUCAGAUGACAUUGAAGACGUUUCAUUUUGCUGGUGUAGCUAGUAUGAAUAUUACCCAGGGUGUUCCUAGGAUAAAAGAAAUUAUAAAUGUGAGUAAAAAGAUAAGUACACCAAUUAUCAGAGCAAGUUUGGUAAACAGUGUUGAUCCUGAGUUUGCCAGAGAAGUAAAAGGUCGGAUUGAACGGACUACUUUGGGAGAGAUUUCCACCAGUAUUUCUCAAGUUUUGACGAAAACAGACGCCUUUUUGUUGAUUCAACUCGAUUAUGAAAGAAUCAAGCUACUAAAACUAGAAGUGAAUGCCGAAUCCAUUCGAUAUUGCAUUUGCACCUCUAAACUCAAAUUAAAACCCACAGAUGUUCAAGUCGAGAGUGAUACCAUCAUAACUGUCCAUCCAAGUAGAAGUAAACAUUCGAACAGACUCAACUUUGCACUGUGUGAUCUGAAAGAACAAAUACCAAAUGUUGUGGUGAAGGGUUUGCCAACAGUCAACAGGGCUGUAAUAGCAAGAGAAGAUAAAGGCGGCAAAACUUCUUACAGUCUCUGCGUUGAAGGUGAUAAUUUACGAGAAGUCAUGGCAACUUAUGGAGUAGAUGGGAGAAAAACAGUUUCAAACAAUAUAGUAGAAGUUUUUAACACAUUGGGAAUUGAAGCAGCAAGGGAGACAAUAAUGUCUGAAAUCAAAAUGGUUAUGGAAAACCAUGGAAUGAGUGUUGAUUACAGGCACAUAAUGUUAUUAGCAGCACAAAUGACACAUGUUGGCGAAGUACUAGGAAUUACAAGACAAGGGCUAGCAAAAAUGAAACAGUCUGUCCUCAAUUUAGCUUCGUUCGAGAAGACAGCAGAUCAUUUAUUUGAUGCAGCCUACCAUGGACAAACAGAUAAAAUGAGUGGUGUUUCUGAAAACAUCAUAAUGGGUAUGCAAGCUCCUAUUGGAACAGGAAUAUUCAAAUUACUCCAUAAACCACUUCACGUAGAACCAAAUCCUGAGCCACAAUGUCUUCUGUUCGAAAAUGUGAUACAGGAAAAUUUGUAAUUUUAAAUGUUUAUUCUUGUUAAGAUAUAUAAGUUAUAUAGAAUUAUGUGACAAAAUAAAAAAUAAAAACUG